AUGUCCACUACCAUCACCCAAGUCCGGACGGGCUCAAAACCCAGGACUCUCAAAGCCGCCCAAAUCAAGAUCGAAGAGCAGGAAAUUCCAACGCCUGACACUGCAGACAUUCCCUUACCCCCGCCAUCGAAAGAACCAUCCGAGGUCCUGAGCCUAGAUCAAGCUACACCUGACAGCCAUGUCCGACGAGAUCCGCGACUGAUCCGAUUAACCGGCGUCCACCCGUUCAAUGUCGAGCCCCCAUUGACGUCCUUGUACAAAGAAGGCUUCUUAACAUCUCCUGAGCUAUUCUACGUCCGAAAUCAUGGUCCAGUACCACAAGUCCGAGAUGAAGACAUUCCCAGUUGGGAAAUCAGCAUUGAAGGACUCGUCGAAAACCCCAUCACCCUCAGCUUCAAGCAGAUUCUGCAAAACUACGACCAGAUCACAGCGCCCAUUACUCUAGUAUGUGCCGGUAACAGGCGCAAAGAGCAGAACACCGUUCGGAAAUCAAAGGGUUUCUCAUGGGGUUCGGCUGGUCUAUCCACUGCGCUCUUCACAGGGCCUAUGAUGGCCGAUGUCAUCAAGAGCGCUAAGCCUCUGCGCAAGGCGAAGUAUGUCUGUAUGGAGGGUGCUGAUAAGUUGCCAAAUGGGCACUACGGAACAUCCAUCAAGUUGAACUGGGUCAUGGACCCUAACAGGGGCAUCAUGCUCGCGCACAAGAUGAACGGCGAAGACUUGAGGCCUGACCACGGCCGCCCUCUGAGAGCCGUCGUGCCAGGCCAGAUCGGAGGACGCAGCGUCAAGUGGUUGAAGAAGCUUAUUAUCACCGACGCCCCCAGCGAUAACUGGUAUCAUAUCUACGACAACAGGGUGCUACCUACCAUGGUCACACCAGACAUGUCCUCUCAGGACCCUUCAUGGUGGCGCGAUGAACGUUACGCCAUCUACGAUCUCAACGUCAACUCAGCCGCCGCAUAUCCUCAGCACAAGGAAACUCUCGACCUUGCCACCGCUGGACCCAUGUACGCAGCGAAGGGAUACGCUUAUGCUGGCGGUGGUCGAAGAAUCACCCGCGUUGAGAUCUCACUGGAUAAGGGCAAAUCAUGGCGCCUCGCAAAUAUCGAAUACGCGGAAGACAAAUACCGCGACUUCGAAGGCAACCUCUUCGGCGGCCGUAUCGAUAUGGCCUGGCGAGAAACCUGCUUCUGCUGGUCCUUCUGGUCCCUCGACAUCCCCGUCCCGGAACUCGCAAGCAGCGACGCUCUCCUGGUCCGCGCAAUGGACGAAGCACUCAGUCUCCAGCCAAAGGACAUGUACUGGUCUGUCCUCGGUAUGAUGAACAACCCUUGGUUCCGGGUAAAGAUCACAAACGAGAACGGGCGAUUGUUCUUCGAACACCCAACUGAUAUCACCGGGUCGAGCGGGUGGAUGGAAAAGAUCAAGAAGGCCGGAGGCGACCUGACAAAUGGGAACUGGGGAGAGAGGCAGGAAGGCGAGGAGCCCGUUGAACCGGAGCCCGUGGUGGAGGUUAACAUGAAGAAGGAGGGCGUGACGAGGAUGAUCGAUCUGGAGGAGUUCAAGAAGAACUCGACGGACGAGCAGCCCUGGUUCGUCGUGAACGGCGAGGUAUACGAUGGCACGGCAUUCCUUGAGGGACACCCCGGCGGAGCGCAGAGUAUCAUAUCGGCUGCAGGGACCGACGCCUCGGAGGAGUUCCUCGAGAUCCACAGCGAAACCGCCAAAAAGAUGAUGCCGGACUACCACAUCGGCACCCUCGACAAAGCCUCCCUCGAAGCCCUGCGCAAGGGCACCGCCGACACAACCACAACCACAGACCCCAGCACACCCCGCCUAACCUUCCUAACGCCGAAAUCCUGGACAAAAGCAACCCUCACCAAGAAAACCUCCGUCUCCUGGGACACGCACAUCUUCACGCUCUCCCUCGAGCACGCCUCCCAAAAGCUCGGUCUUCCCACAGGCCAACACCUGAUGCUCAAGACCCCCGACCCUAAAUCCCCAGGCUCAAGCAUCAUCCGCUCAUACACGCCCAUCUCACCAACCGACCAGCUUGGAACCGUCGACAUCCUGAUCAAGAUCUACGCCGAGACACCCAGUACGCCCGGCGGGAAAAUGACGACGGCCCUGGAAGCACUCCCGCUCGACUCGGUUAUCGAGUGUAAGGGUCCCACGGGCCGCUUCGAGUAUCUAGGGCGUGGGAAGGUCCUUGUCGGCGGGAAGACUGAGAGGCUUGUUAAGUCGUUUGUGAUGAUCUGUGGCGGGACGGGCAUUACGCCUGUUUUCCAGGUUCUUAGGGCUGUGAUGCAGGAUGAGUGCGAUGAGACGAAGUGUGUUUUGCUCGAUGGGAAUAGGCUGGAGGAGGAUAUUUUGCUCCGUGCGGAACUGGAUGGGUUUGAGGCUUUGGAGGCGAAGAAGGAGAGGUGUACUGUUGUGCAUACGUUGACGAAGGGCGAUGAGAAGUGGGCUGGUCGGAGGGGACGCAUUGAUGAAGAGCUGAUUAGGCAGUAUGCUGGAACUCCGGCUGAGGAGACGAUGGUUUUGGUUUGUGGGCCUGGGCCUAUGGAGAAGGCUUCGAAGACGAUUUUGCUGUCGUUGGGUUGGAAGGAGGAGAAUCUUCAUUACUUUUAG